AUGGCUGCAGCUUGGAGACACAAACGGAUCGUCUGCUAUGUCAGCAAAGCAGCAUCUACACAUAUCCUCCCCGGCGUCCGACCAAGAGCGGCCUCCAUAAAAGUAAGGGAGUCGCUUCCGCGCUCUCAAUCGACAGCAUCGCCGCCGCGGCCGCUUAUCUACCCCGACCAGCCGCGGUCUGUAAAGCACAACGACCUGUCGUCAUUUCUCCGCUAUGCUGAGCGCGCUGGGCUGGACACCGGGUCGACGACCUAUGUAGGCACACACUAUGAGUACACCGUGGCCGACCACCUGGCGCCGUUGGGCUUUUCACUGCGGCGCGUCGGCGGCGCAUCGGAUCGUGGCAUCGACUUACUCGGCACAUGGGCGCUACCCAUUCCCCAAAGUACCUCGGAGCCAUCCCAGGAACCUCUCCGGGCGAUCGUCCAGUGCAAGGCAGGAGCCGGCCAACGCGUCGGCCCGCACCUCGUGCGUGAGCUGGAGGGAGCGUUCAUCGGCGCACCCGUGGGCUGGCGGUCACGCGUUGGCAACAGCGAUAGUUUAGGUGGACACGAAGGCGGAAACGGAAAUGGAAGCUGCCUGCCCGUCAUCGGGAUACUUGUGACCGAGAAGCCGGCCACAAAGGGCGUCCGGGACGCGUUGUCGCGCAGCCGCUGGCCCAUGGCCUACAUAUACUGCGCAAGCGCGGGCCACGUGCGACAAAUGCUCUGGAACCAGCAGGCGGAAAAGACCUGUGGUCUGACUGGAUUGGGGGUCACACUUCGGCACGCUUCCGACGAGUACGAAGGCGCUUAUGCACACAUUGUCCUUACCUGGCAGGGUAAGCCACUUCCGGCUGCCACCGAGCAAGACUCAUGA